AACUAAAAGUGAAAUUUCGACUUUUGGCAUUAGACUUUAGGAAAUUUAUUCUGCGGUUGAAAUUCGAUUAUAACAACACAAAAUUUUGAGUUUCAAACAAUAUUUAAAACAUUCGCAGAUUAGAAGGGGGGCCAUCUUUUAUCAAUAUGAAGCAUGAAAAAUUACGAAGAUAUCGUGUGAAACAAAGUGUUAACCUUGUAGAAUUGAUAAGGAACAGGCCAAGAAAUCAACCAUAUGGUUUUCAUCGUUCUAGUUGUAGCACCAGACGAAAUUUAAGAGGCAGAGAUAAUGUCAUAGUUGAUAGAAGAUUCCGCAGUUCAAGUCUUGGUCACAAUCAAAAUCAAUCUUUUCUGCCAAUUCACAAUCAACAAGAAGCAAAAGUUUUCGGAAGGGACUCUUAUUCUUUAACCUCAACUGUGUGUAAUUCUCGAAAGAACAGUGUUGGUAGUAUAUGUGAAGAAUGCCAUCAAAAGAUUAACUCUCCCCCUAACCAAGAGCAUACAGUACCAGAACCAGAAGCGCAAGCAACUACGCUGCCAUGUGGAUUUGUGAAUGGUCUUUGCAGAGCUUCAACUAAAGACUUAAAUGAAACAAAAUUUUGUCAAGGAAAAAAUGAAGAUGCAAAACCAAGUUGUAUUAAUGGAACACAAUUUAAAUGUGAAAAACAAUGUAGUGAUGUCUGUAGGAAAGAUUUUUUGGUGCAGCCAAACAAAAUUCAAUCUUCAGAAAAUGAUAAUAAUUCGCCGAAGCUAUGCCAACGUUCAUCCGCAGCUUUUAAUUUUUUUGAUUCUAAUGGAAGCGACGAGGUCUUUUCCAUAAACGAGGUAUCGGCUACUGGAAAUACUCCUAAUAACAGUCACUCAACUUUGCAAAACCAAUCUAAUACUUUGUUCAUCGAACAUGCUUCUAGUACAGAAGUAUUAGCGGAUGAAGAAGCAGGCGGCGACGGACAUCACAACAAUUCUGUCAUCGAAAUCGAAAUAACGUUGCAUUCCAGUAAUGAUAAUAAUUCUGACGAGGAGGUCGAAGGGGAUGAAGAUGAACAUAUGGAGUUCAGUGAAUAGGGAAGCGCGUGAGCGUAUUUCAUACCUCCAAAAGAGAUAAUAAAGAGCAGCGUUUAUAAAAGUUUUCUAAACUUAACGAUCAUAAACAUAAAAACAUGCAUGGUACAUGGUACGGUACAUACGAGUACAAAGUUCGAAGCAUAAUGGUUUUAUAAGUUUCGAUAAAUACACAUUUUAAGCCUAAAAGAUCAA